AAAAGCUAACACGAAAAUGUCAAGGGGGUUAUAACUUCAGCACUACCUCUUCUUGAACACAUAUUGGCGGGAACUUCACCAGGGAACUGAGCCCCCAACUUUGCUUCUAACCGACGAAAUCGACCCUCAAACUCUGCAAAUUUUGCUUCAUGAGAAGACAAUGGAGAAGGGCGAUAAAGAGAUACGUGGAAAAACGAACGAGAGACUGGUAAAUGAGGAGUACAAGAUUUGGAAGAAGAAUACUCCAUUUCUUUACGAUUUGAUCAUCACUCAUGCCCUAGAGUGGCCUUCACUCACCGUCGAGUGGUUGCCGGACCGGGAUGAGCCUCCGGGCAAGGAUUACUCCGUUCAGAAGAUGAUUUUGGGGACUCAUAGCUUCGAUAAUAAGCCGAAUUACCUCAUGCUUGCUCAGGUUCAGCUUCCGCUUGAGAGUUCGGAAAACGAUGCGCGACAUUACCGUGACGAUCGUGCCAGUGGGGGUGGCUUUGGGUGUGCGAACGGCAAGGUACAAAUAAUCCAGCAUAUAAAUCACGACGGCGAAGUCAAUAGAGCCCGUUAUAUGCCUCAAAAUCCAUUUAUUAUUGCCACAAAGACUGUCAGCGCUGAAGUCUUUGUUUUUGACUACAGUAAACACCCAUCCAUACCACCUCUAGAUGGUAAAUGUAAUCCUGACUUGAGGUUGAGGGGUCACAAGUCCGAAGGCUAUGGUUUAUCAUGGAGCAAGUUCAAGCAGGGCCAUUUACUUAGUGGCUCUGAGGAUUCACAUAUUUGUUUAUGGGACAUUAAUGCUACUCCGGAUAACAAAACCCUCGAGGCUAUGCAAAUUUUUAAGGGUCAUGAAGGUGUUGUGGGAGACAUUGCCUGGCAUAUGAGGCAUGAAUACUUAUUUGGUUCAGUUGGUGAAGAUCGAUACCUACAUGUAUGGGAUCUGCGAAGUCCUUCAGCUAAUAAGCCUGUACAGUCUGUAGUUGCUCAUCAAAGUGAGGUAAUUUGCUUGACAUUCAAUCCCUUCAAUGAGUGGUUAGUAGCCACAGGGUCAACUGAUAAGAUGGUUAAGUUGUUUGAUCUACGUAAUAUCAGCUCAUCCCUCCAUACCUUUGACUGUCACAAGGAGGAGGUUUUUCAGGUGGGCUGGCAUCCAAAGAACGAAAUGAUCUUAGCUUCUUGUUGUCGUGGAAGGAGACUCAUGGUUUGGGACCUUAGCAGGAUCGAGGAGGAGCAGACACCGGAGGACGUAGAAGAUGGGCCACCCGAAUUGCUGUUCAUUCACGGUGGUCAUACCAAUAUAAUAUCAGACUUCUCUUGGAAUCCCUGUGAGGAGUGGGUCGUUGCUAGUGUAGCUGAAGAUAACAUACUACAAGUCUGGCAGAUGGCUGAGAACGUCUACUAUGGUGAAGAUGAUUUGCUUGAGGAACCUCCAAAGCUCUCUUAGUUCUUCAUUCUCUGUAUUUGAAGUAAGUACUUUAGGUCUUCAAGGGGUGUCAAUCCUUGUUCCUCUUUUCUUUCUUAAAUAAAAAGGGAAAUAAAGAGGUAAAGAGGUGUUUUUGAUGCUAUGGGUUUGUGGUGAUUCACCCCACAAUUGAUAGAGAGCUUAGAAAUAAGGGAGAAAAAAAUUGUACAUUGAUAGAGCUUAGUAAAAAACUUGAUAUGCAAAUCAAAACCAUGAGUUUCAUUUAAUUUCCUUUUUAAAAAUAUAUAUGCACAUAGGAUAGGAAUGGUAAAGUAGUCAUUGUUAAGCU